CCCUCCGCCGACUCCAUUACCCCUCUACAAUUAUAGCGACGACGAGUUCAUCGUUUCGAAAUUUCUCCGGCGAUUUCUUCUCUCUCGAGUCUGCAGAAGAAAAUCUCGAAAUCCGAGCAAAUUUUUGGGCCGAGGAAAAGCAAUGAGAAGCCUCUGCUGCGUCUCCAAAACGCCGGAGAACCUUUCUCAGUCAAUACCUCGCCGAAGCUCUGAAUCUCCGGCGAUCGAUGACAUAAUCGAGUCUGCGACGGAGAUUAUUCAGAAAUGGAAUACAGAGAGCUCCACUUUUGCUAGAGUCACGUCUCUGUUCUAUGAGAGCAAGCGAGAAGCCAUGGAGUUCAUCGAGCGCGUGAAGGAUCUGCAGAAGACGAUGAUCCUCUUGGUGUCUCAGGAUUCGAAUUCGGAGAAGCUCGUGAGAGCCCAAAAUUUGAUGCAGAUCGCGAUGAAGCGGUUGCAGAAAGAGUUUUACCAGAUUCUGUCAAUGAAUCGUGCACAUCUCGAUCCUGAAUCCGUCUCGACUCGUUCUUCGCUUACCUCUACGAGAUCUAGCACCUCCGAUUUCCCAGACGACGACGAUGCGACAACCGCCGCCGAGGAUUCCAUUAUCGAAGUCGAGGAGGUGUCGACGAUGGCAAUGGCGGAUUUGAAAUCCAUUGCUGAGUGCAUGAUCGCUUCCGGUUACGCCAAAGAGUGUGUGAGUAUAUAUAAAUCCAUCAGGAAAUCGAUCGUCGACGAAGGAAUUUACCGACUCGGAGUGGAGAAAACCAGUUUGUCGAAGAUGAAGAAAUCUCCCUGGGAGGUAGCUGAGUUGAAGAUCAAAUGCUGGGUGGAUGCGGUUAACGUUUCCAUGAAAACCCUCUUCAACGGAGAGAGGAUUCUGUGCGAUCACGUUUUCGAAUCCUCCGACUCCCUCAGAGAAUCCUGUUUCAGCGACAUCUCCAGAGCUGGAGCUCUUCUUCUGUUUGGUUUCCCAGAAACCGUCGCCGUCAAAGGCAAGAAAAAUUCCCCGCCGGAAAAGAUUUUCCGGCUACUGGAUAUGUACAGCGCGAUCGCCGACAACUGGAAAGAAAUCGAAUCGAUCUUCUCUUUCGAAUCAAUCUCCAUGGUCCGUACUCAAGCUCUCAAUUCUCUAAUCCGUCUAGGCGAUUCGAUUCGAUCGCUGUUGGAAGAUUUCGAGUCCGGAAUCCAGAAGGACUCAUCGAAGACGGUGGUUUCCGGCGGAGGAGUUCAUCCCCUGACUAUCUCCACCAUGAAUUACCUUUCUCUCCUCUCCGAUUACAACACCGUACUCGCGGAUAUCCUCAUCGGAUCUCCGCCGCCGGAGAAAUCACUGCUGCCGGAAUCUUACUUCGACGCCGCGGAAUCCGACGACUCUCCGGCGUCGCAGCUGACGGUCCGAAUCGCUUGGCUCAUCCUCGUUCUCCUCUGCAAGGUCGACCACAAAGCAAAGCACUACAAGGACUUGUCCCUUCAGUAUCUCUUCUUAGCCAACAAUCUCCAGCACACCGUCUCUCGCGUUCGCUCCUCCAACCUGAGACACCUUCUUGGCGACGACUGGGUCGCGAGACAUUUCUCCAAGGCGAGGCAGUUCGCGGCGAGCUACGAGCGUCUCGCGUGGGUACCCGUCGCGUCAUCCUUACCGGAGAUUUCUGUUGCGGCGGCGAUGUCGCCGGAGGAGGUGCAGCAGCGGUUCGAGACUUUCAGCACGAGCUUCGAGAGCGCGUACAGAAAACAGAGCGCGUGCAUCGUACCGGACGCGAAUCUCCGGGACGAGUUGAAGACAUCGAUCGCGAGAAAACUGUUGCCGGUUUAUCGCGAGUUUUACUACAGGCACAGAAAUACGGUUGUGUUGGCGGGAGGUGAAAACCGCACGAGGAAUACGAUGUCGGUUGUCCGAUUUACCCCUGAGGAUAUUGGGAAUUGCUUGUCGGACUUGUUCUUCGAGAAGGGUACUUUGGGGAAUUUAUCUGCUCCGCCGUCACCCUCGCCGUCGUCUUCCUCUCCCGCUUCUCCGUCGCAUCGUCGACCCUCCCGAUCUUGAAGCGGCUGAAAAACCAAUUGUCUUAUUUAUUUAAUGUACGUUUCACUCUCUUCUCUUUUAAUUACUUCAUCGAGAGCUGCAAUUACUACACAUCAAUAGAUAAUCUUAUAAUUCAAUU